AGGGGUCUUUUCCGGCGUUGACGUUACUAGCGCCAGCUGUCAGUGCAAGCUAGCAAGACUGCUAUCUUUCCAGCACGUUAUUUUGAGAUUUUUAUAAUGAUUUUUUUUAUUUUCCAGUCUCUAUUUUAAUUAUCGCCAGCAUUGAAUUUAAACUAAACUUGAAUGAACAGAUGCAAAAAUAUUUUUUUUUUGCCUUUACGAGUGUCUCUUUGUUGAGCUGUGCUCAGAAUUAAGGUAGCUGUAGCUGACUAGCUUGUUGUUAGCUGCGGACAAAUCUGGUGCAGACAGGUUUUGCACUGCAGACGCAGCUCCUCUUGUUUUGAAGUCAUUGUUCACGGGCGGAAAGUUGUAAGGUAUAUAAGGACUGUAAAGACCAUGCAGUUUAUUACGGAGCUAAUCAUUUACUGCAAAUAUUCAUUGCUUUAAAUUAUGCAUUUGCAGCAGUAUGAAUUUAAAUAAGUAACGUUGGAUCAGUAACAUAGUAUUUAGAAAUAAAGUCAUCCGAAUGCAUUUUUAUCUUAAAUGACUUUAUCUGUUGUAUUGUAAAAGGUGUAUUUACUAGUUUCGUGGUGUAAUAACUGCGUUUAUUGACAAAGAGGCGAACGUUUGUUUGAAUCUAUAAACAUGGAUAAGAAAUCAUUUGAUAUUGUCUUGGAUGAGAUAAGAAAGUGCGUCCUGACCGAUCAGCGGAUCAAAGCCAUAGAGCAGGUGCAUGGAUAUUUCUCCAGUGAGCAGGUGAUGGAGAUACUGAAGUACUUCUCAUGGGCAGAGCCACAGAUCAAAGCAGUUAAAGCUCUGCAGCAUAAAAUGGUUGCAAUCCCUACAACCAAAGUUGCAAACAUCCUGAAUUGCUUCACCUUCUCAAAGGACAGACUGAUUGUCCUGGAACUAAUAGCUUUGAACAUUUCAGAUGCGCAAAACUAUCGUCCUGUGGAGGAUCUGUUUCGCAUACACUUAUCUGAGAAGAAGCGGGCUCGCAGGAUACUGGAGCAAGUGUGUAAGGUUGGCUGCAAGGCUCCUAUAGCCAUGAUCUCCUCCUGUGGUAUGAUACCAGGAAAUCCAUACCCUAAAGGCAGGCCCAGCCUGGUCAGUGGCACAUUCCCUGGAAUCCCUCCAGUAAAGAAAGAAGGCGAGAAGAAAGAGGACAAUUCUAACAAUAUGGAGGGGAAAGGAAUUGCUUCUCGGAUUAUUGGACCAUUCAGACCUUUCCCUUCAACCUACAACCCUCAUCGGCCUGUGCCCUACCCUAUACCGCCGUGCCGACCCCAUGCUACCAUCGCACCAAGUGCAUACAACAACGCAGGCCUUGUUUCUAUGGGAGGGGUUAUAACAGCCAACGUGGCCCCUCCCCCCUACAACUCCACCCACAAAGUAGCAGGUUACACCAAACCAGGCAAUCCGCAGAACACCACACCUGGAGUCAACAGCGGGCCCCUCCUCAUUCCUCAUGGGUCCACGCCUUCUACCCCUGUCCCACCCCAGGCUUCUCCUGCUCAGCCGACUCCCACAACCCCUAUCACACCAGUUUUCCCUGGCAUGGUGCCCUCUCAUAACCCUAAUGCCCCCUCUCCCUCCCCUGCUCCAUCCCCAUCUGUGAUCAAAGCAGGUCCACAGACCCCCAGUGGCCAUGCUACACCUACACCCUCAUCUGUCAUUAAAGCCCACACCCCUUCAGGCACCCCUUGUGGAACUCCUGUCCCUGGUAGCGGGGGCUUCUCCUCUUCCCCCUUCCAUGUGGUUUCCCGACCAGGCACCCCUGCUACCUCCCGCAGCGGCGCAGACCCCUUAUCUCAGACGAACUCCAUGGGCUCAACUCAGCAGAAGGUUUAUUCCACAGAUCACCAGUCAGGACUCACCCUCCCUGGCAUACACCCACAAGCAGGUAACCCCUCUGGGUCAGUGAUCCGAAGUUACACCCCCUCUGGACCACCAUCUCUAACUCCUGCAUCAUGCACUCCAGUUAUUCCGAGCUGUUCCACCCCAGGCCAUAGUCCCAAACCCUCCCCAGCUCAUUCUGCACAGGUUCAGGCUGUCAUGGCCGCGGCUGGAGUACUGAACAGACACAGUGGGGGUAGUAACAGUGGCAGUAACAGCCCUGUGCCCUCUGCUUUCAAAGGCACCUCUCGCUCUGUCACACCGUCUGUUAACUCUCUGGUGGUACCAAGUUCUGCGCAGGCUGCCCUGGCACGUUCCUUUGGUCUGUCACACCCUUCAGGUUCUCCUCAAGUCUCUCUCUCUAGUCCUGUUGCUAUCACCGGCCUCCAAGCUCUGUCCUCCAGCCCAGCACCCUCUCAUUAUCCUGGCCUAUCCCACUUUCCCUCCCUUUCUCCUUCCACCAUCCCUUCAUCCAUGCCUGCAAUGCCUCCCGCUACCAACAUUUCUAACCAUCCACCAACCUCCAUCUACCCAAGCCUGGCUCCCAAUGCUGCCCCCAGUGCAGCCUCCCCUUUCGGUCUGGGCCUCACCUCUGCCCCCUCUAUAUUCCCAGGCCUUCCGCCUGGCCCUAGCCCCGCUGCCUUCCCAGGAUUGGGGGUUUCAGGAGGGCACAGUGCCGGGAGCCCUGUGUUGUCUUCAUUCAUGGGACUGCCAGGGGCCACUCCAUCUUCAGUAGCGUCAGUGGCACCACUGCAGGCAGCAGCAGCCGCCGCAGCAGCAGCCGCAGCUGGAGUUCCAUCAUCAUCGCCCGUUUUACCAGGCUUUGCGUCUGCUUUCAGCUCCAACUUCCAGCCUGGGUUGGGCAGUGGACUCCAGGCUCCAGGAAGCAGCGGGUUCCCCGGCUUGUUGUCCUUCCCUGGAGUACCAGGUUUCUCUCCCUCUGCCUCCCCUGCUGCCCUCGGUGGCCUCCACAACCCAGCCAUGCAGUCUGCCCUGCUGCAGGCUCAUCCCACAUCUGCUUUAGAGAGCUUUCCUCCUCAGCCCAACAGUUUCACCAACUACCCUCCAGGACCAGGAAACCCCUUCCCCCUCCAACCAGGCCUGCACCCCCAGCUGGGUUGGCAGUGAAACCCACAAUACACUUUGAAACACUGAGUACACUUACAUGCUGACCCCUUUCAUACACCCUCUCCUAACCCUGCCCUUGACAUGUUUUAUUUUUUGGCCUUGAACCCUGAAGAGUACAUGACAGAUUGGAGAGUUUCAAUAAUGUGUAUGUUACAGCCAGAAUGACUUACUACUAUGAUGAACACUAUCACAAAAACUGUUGAAAUACUGUGUGGGUGAGAUGGCAUAUAUCAUAAUAGUGAACAGUUGUAAAUAUCAGUUGUCAAAGUUGUUAGGUUUUACAAGUAGACUGUGACUGGUUUUAAUGUUAGCUGAACUUGGCUGUUUUUAAUCAAGUUUAUCAACAUUUAUUAGUAAAUAAUGAACUAUAGAAAAAUUUAAAAAUGUAUAUGAUAUCAUGUAAUGACUUGACAGUAUCCUCAUGUCGUAUUUCAUGUUCAGUCUCAGUCGAAAGGACAUGCUUAUGAUACAGAUUGAUUGUCCUGAAUUGAAUAUUGUAUUAUGAAAUGAAAUUUUUAGGUGACUUAUGGUGUUUGAGUUGUAUGGCGCAGUCAUAUUUUGAAGUGGGCACACCAUGAAUAUUUUUAAUCCUUGUGCUGCGUCAAGGGUGGGAGUGUUGUACACAAAAAAACAUGCAUAUGGCAGUUCCACUCAUGUUUGUGUUAUUUUCAGUGAACAAACACUUGUGGCUGUCAGCAGUUUACUGUGAUUCACAUUUUGUAUGUUUACAAAGUUCUUUUGACAGAUGUCACCUUGCCAGCACUGUUAUUACAGUAUUUGACCAAAUGUACUGUAUGCAGAUGUUUGUGAGAACAACUUGAAGCAUUUAUUGAUUGAUAUGUGGACUUGAGAUGUAAAAUGUCUGUAUUCUUCAGUAAUGCUUUGCAACAUUAGUGAAAACUGUAAUUUUAGUUCAUUUACUGUACACCACAGUACACUCAGAGAGAGUAAUAGACACAUUGUUUGUUACACUGUGUUAUCUUUGUCUGUUUUGCCCUUUUUUGUAUUUGCACCUGUUUUAUUAUUUUGUCAGUAAACUGCCGACUUGCUGUA